CGAAGAUCGGUCUUUGAACCAAUCACGAGGUUGCUAAAUCCUAGGUGUCCACACAAAAAAACGAGUUGAAGUCAAAGUUAUUGAUAAUUCAAAGAAAGUGAUUUGAUUUUGAAGUUUCUUCGUUGAAAAGAAAAAUAAAUAAAAAGAGAGAGAGAGAGAAGAGUGAGUGAAGGAGAAGACGACAGACAAGUUUGCAGUUUCAAUUCAAAGGGUUUUUGGAUCUUCUGUUUAGCAAUGGCGGAUAAGGCCGAGAAGAUGAAGCUCCGGCAAGAUUACCGGAACUUAUGGCACUCCGAUCUCAUGGGAACCGUCACCGCCGACACUCCCUAUUGUUGCUUGUCGUGUGUGUGUGGACCGUGUGUUUCUUACUUGCUUCGGAGAAGAGCACUUUACAAUGACAUGUCCAGGUAUACUUGCUGUGCUGGAUACAUGCCAUGUAGUGGGAGGUGUGGAGAAAGCAAAUGCCCUGAACUCUGCCUUGCUACUGAGGUUUUCCUCUGUUUCGGAAACUCUGUGGCCUCUACUCGCUUUCUUCUCCAGGAUGAAUUCAACAUCCAGACUACAAAAUGCGACAAUUGCAUUAUUGGAUUUAUGUUCUGCCUAAGCCAAGUCGCUUGCAUUUUCUCUAUUGUUGCUUGCCUCGUUGGUAGCGAGGAACUCUCUGAAGCUUCUCAGAUACUCUCUUGCUGUGCCGAUAUGGUCUACUGCACGGUCUGCGCGUGUAUGCAGACUCAACACAAGCUUGAAAUGGACAAAAGAGAUGGAGUGUUUGGUCCUCAGCCAAUGGGAGUUCCACCGGCACAGCAGAUGUCCCGUUUUGACCAACCUGCCCCUCCAGUCGGCUACCCUCCUGCGUCUUACCCACCGGCUCAAGGCUACCCUCCUGCACCUUACCCACCGGCUCAAGGCUACCCUCCUGCAUCUUAUCCGCCUCCUGGUUAUCCCCAACAUUGAGGAACUUUAAACCAAUAUCUUCAUAUUGUGUGUCAAAGUGUUGUUGUUAUUACUGUUCAGCUAUUUUUCUCAGUUAUGUGGUUGCUUUGCAAGUAUUAGUACUCUGGUUUAUGCACUAAAACAUUUGGUAUCAUCUGGUGUGUUGACUUUGUUGGUAUUUUUCUCCCAUUUAUCUGAUGAACGCAAAAAUGUGUAAACCUUGCUAUGCUAUAUGUGUGGCUGUAUUCCUUUUAUCUUUGCAUUAUCUGUA